AUGGAAAUGGAAAGCAUCUCCACUGGCGCAAAGCUCACCCCCACCCCUGUUCCCCACCAGCUCAGCUGCUCCACCAUAGACGGUCCACAGUUUCACGGUAAUAUGGACGGGCAGUGCGCCGGGUCCUCCAAAGUAUUACUGGCUUACAAAAACGCGUCGCAGCACCUGAAUUCAUCGGGACUCAAAGCGGGUUUGGGGUUGCUUAAAGUGGUCACGUCUCAGUGGAAACAGGAGAAGAAGACGCGCUCAGGGGCCGUAAGGCAACUGUCCACCGCCAGCUGCAGCCAUUCCUGCAAAAGAUCCCCUCUGGAUCAGCUGGCAGCUCUGGUUCUCCACGGUCAAACCCGGCAGCGCCACAUUGGCCAGCACCGACAAGACCCCCUUUACUCCAAGCCGCAGAACUGCAAGCGCAUCGUGGUCCUUGGUGCGCCACGGGUCGGCAAGACCUCCAUCCUGAGAAGAUACCUUCGGGACGGAUUUGUGGAGGAGUACAAUCCCACCUCCGAGGAUUUCCUCAGGAAACUGUUUCGCAUCCGCGGAGAGACCUACCAAAUUGAUAUCCUGGACGCGUCCGGGGAAAGGGAUUUCCCAGCCAAGCGGCGGCUGUCCAUCCUCACUGGAGACAUUUUUCUUCUAGUAUUCAGUCUCGAUGACCGGAGCUCUUUCGAGGAGGUUUGCGCCCUGCGAGCGGAGAUCCUGGCUGCUAAAUCCAAGCUCUCCAAAUCCUCUGUGCCAGAGCAGUGCGCACAGCCGCGGGUUCCCCUCGUGGUCUGCGCCAACAAGGUGGAUCUCUUGGAGUCUGAGAGAGGAAUAUCGAAGGCAGAGGUGCUCCGAGCCCUCGGGGACGACUGUGCCUAUUUUGAAACGUCUGCAAAGGAAAGCACAAAUCUAGACAAAGUCUUCGAGACUUUGGCAAAACGAGGCGGGCUGCCGACUGAAACCGGCCCGUCUCAGCACCGCAAAGUCUCCCUCCGUUCGUACCAGGCGAUGCGGACCGGCCGUGUGCUGGGGAGGGGGAGCCAGACCCCGGGGCGCGAUGAUCCCUGCGGCGCCCUGCAGCCACUGGCACGUCGGCCGAGCUUCAGCACGGAUCUCCGGCAAGUCAUUGGGCCACAUACGGCAAGAAAGCCCGGCAAAGCACUGGAAACAUGUCCGAUUCAGUGA